UCCAUCAUCAUCUUCAUCACUGCAGUAAGAAGAAGCAGCAGCAGCAGCAUCACUGCUCAGCAUCACCGGACAUCCUCACUGCGAGUCUCUCUGCCAUUAUAUCUGCAUCGCAGCUGAAACACGGGACGCAUCGAGGUUGCACAGGAGAACCAGCUGACAUACACAAGUUUCCCCGCGAUGGUGCCUUUAUUUAUGUCCCUGUUCGUCUGCAUUGGCGCGUUCAUCCCACAUCCGACAUCCGCGGGUGAAGUAUGCGAACCGGUUCCGUGUGAGAACGGUGCUGACUGUCCCAGUACACCAGCUGAUGAAAUUGUUUCUUCAUCAGGCUGGGAUGAGCAAUCUAUAAUUGGGCCCUGCCGCCCAAACCCCUGCCACAACGGAGGGGUGUGUGAACUCAGUGAGACCUACCGUGGCGACACUUUUGUCGGGUAUUUGUGCAGGUGUCUGCUUGGCUUCGAUGGUGUCCACUGCCAACACAAUGUUAACGAGUGUGAGAAAAAUCCAUGCAAAAAUGGAGGCAGCUGCACAGACCUGCGAGCAAACUACACCUGCCAGUGUCCCGGUGAAUACAUGGGGCGGAACUGUCAGUACAAAUGUUCUGGGCCUUUAGGGAUGGAAGGGGGGAUAAUUUCGAACCAGCAGGUAACAGCUUCCUCCACACAUCGAGCUCUCUUCGGCUUGCAGAAGUGGUUUCCAUACUUCGCCCGACUCAACAAGAAGGGCCUCGUCAAUGCCUGGAGUGCAGCCGAGGGUGAUCGAUACCCAUGGAUUCAGAUAAAUCUGCAGCGGAGGAUGAGGGUGACCGGACUGAUAACACAGGGUGCCAAGCGAAUUGGAAGCCCAGAGUACGUGAAAUCAUAUAAAGUGGCGUAUAGCGAUGAUGGGAAGGCCUGGAGCAUGUUUAAAGUCAAGGACACGGUUGAGGACAUGAUAUUCACUGGAAAUACUGAUAAUAAUGCCCCCUCAGCCAACUCCUUCAGUCCACCAAUCGAAGCACAGUACGUCCGCAUUUACCCACAAGUCUGUAGGAAGCACUGCACACUGCGAAUGGAGCUCCUGGGCUGUGAGCUCACAGGAUGCUCAGAGCCCAUGGGGAUGAAGACCGGACACAUCCAGGACUAUCAGAUCACCUCCUCCAGUGUGUUUCAGACUCUGAACAUGGACAUGUUCUCCUGGGAACCAUCCAAGGCCAGAUUGGACAAACAGGGCAAGGUCAACGCAUGGACAUCAGCCCAUAAUGACCAAUCCCAAUGGCUGCAGGUGGAUUUGCUGAUUACCACCAAAAUCACAGGAAUUAUCACCCAAGGAGCCAAAGAUUUUGGACAUGUGCAGUUUGUCGGUUCCUACAAAGUGGCAUUCAGUAAUGAUGGAGAGAAAUGGCUCAUAUAUCAGGAUGAGAAACAACAGAAGGAUAAGAUCUUCCAAGGAAACUUUGACAACGAAACACACAGAAAGAAUGUGUUAGAUCCGCCGAUCUACGCCCGAUUCAUCCGGAUUCUUCCGUGGUCGUGGUACAGACGCAUCACUAUGAGGGCGGAGCUUCUGGGGUGUCCGGAGGAACAGUGAAACUGCGGCACAUUCUAUGACAGACUAUGUGUAAAAAUAACAUUUCUAAUGGUGAUAUUUCAAGGAUGCCGUUUGGCCUGAAUCAAAAAUGAAAGAUCUUUUGAUUACAGUCGAUGAUAGUCAAUGAUUGUGAUGACUUUGAAUGGAUUUUUUUUUUCUGCUCUGGAAAUUGCCACAACUUAUGAUGCUUUUCAAAUGUUAUUGUCACUGUACAACUGACUACUUUAUUUUAGAGUAUUAUCAGAAAUAGGUCAAUUGAAUUCACUCAGGUCAAAGGUCACAUGCUAGAAUAGUUCAAGUAUAUGAUUUAUGAAUAUAAGGAGGAGCUAAGAACUGUUGGUAUUCUUAUAAAUUUAUGUAUAUUAACUACUAAAUGUUGUCAUUUGUAAUUUAUUAAAAUUCAAUCAUGCAAAAUCGAUGAAUGAGAAGUAUAGGAGGGUGGGGUAAACUGUGCCACAUAUCUAGAUUGACUUCACAUGGAAUGACACAGAUUUAAGACUAAAGCUUGUUCACACCAAGAAAGAUAACUAUAAUGAAAACAAUGAUGUUAACUAUAUUAGCGUCCACACAAUGCAUGAUAUGAUUCUCUUUAUUAUAAUCUACAGAUCUACAGUUGUUUAGCUAUUUGUUUGUGGGUAAAAUCCAUGAUUGGGAAUUUUGCACGAGGGCCAAAAAUUUUCCCACAAUGAUUUAAGUGCGGUUUCACAUUGGCCACACUACCAAACUAAAUUUGUAUUGAUUUAUGUAUUCUAACUAAAAUUUCCAACCAUUUGGAUCACGCAGUUUUAACAUAAAAAACCUGAAAAACACAAUAACCAGGUUUAUACAUUUAUCACCAAUAAAAUCUAUUGGUUUCAACCUCAUAAAUUUUAAAUUGCUCGUUUUUACAGCCAGCUAAUUUUUUAUUCACGAACAUACUUUUUAAGUGAAUAAAUCACUUGAUUUCUUAAUGAACAAAUGAAAACUGAUUCUAAGCUAUUUGAAUAAAGGCAUUUUGAAAACAUGAUUAUUUAAAUGAAAUCAAAUAGGUGCAAUAGUUAAUAAUAAGCCAUGCCAUGAUUUCUUUGAGUGGAGAAAUUUGACUCAUUUUAUUUAUGUAUAACUGACAAAAACGCAUCACAAGAUGUUUAUUAGUUUGUGUUAAAACUAUGUGUAUAUCUAAUGAAUGGAAAUUUUAUAUGCAACUCAAAUUCAGAAAUUUUAAAUGUAGGUUUAAAUAUUUUUAUGACUGUAGUGACAAAACACAAUGGGACUUUUUUUGCUGCAAAAAUUGCUAAUGUCCACACCUUAAUUCUUACAGUAUAAUUAUAUUUCAGGAUGUUGAAUGAAAUAAGGAAUAAGUGUCUAAUAAUAGUGGUUUAGUGACACACCUUGCCCCAUGUUAGGGGUAACCUGUGUAAUGUCAAAGGGUAUUUUGACAUGCUUUUCACAAACCUGCCCCAAAACAGGGUUAAUAUUCAAAAUAUUUUAUCAGUUUAUCACUAUUCUACAAAAAUGAUGCAGUUUGCUAGAUUAGGGGUGACACAUCUUACCCCACUCUCUCCUACAUACAUCUGCAGGUAGAAUUACUUCAACACAAUGUAGCGUUCAGUACUUCAUAUAUAUCCACAGUCAACAGAAACAACUUAAAGUUAACAUGAAAUCAAAAUGAAAUCAAUUCCUGGUGGAUAAAAAUCAAUUUUGUACCUUUUGACUCAAAAAUGUGUCACAAUACAGACAUCAAAUGAGUUUCAUGUUGACUUUAACUUGGAUAAGUGAGAAUAAACCAACAAUCUUUCCUUUCUUUCCUUGUUUUGUAGUGUUUUUGAAAACCUGUAAAUACAAUACAGUAUAACGCAAGAGCAGUUUGGUAUAAUCUUAUCUAUAAUAGCUUUCUAUUUCAUUGCUGUAUUCACUGGACAGUUAUUGAACAGACCUGAUUAUACUGUACUAUUAUAUUACUGAACUCUUAAUGGUCAUUUUAACAAUAAAAAUCAAACUGUGAGACCGUU